GGUUGUAAACUGCUCAAGAGUGCUGACAGCCACUCAACUUCAAAAGCAGCCAGUAGAGACUUUCUUGCGAAGUUUGGGAAGGAAUUCAAAAAUGCUGAACAGUGCAGAUGAUAUUGUUAUGGAACAGGAGGACUCCACUUCCCGAAAUGGAGAAAUGGCAAGUUGGGAUAUCAAUGACAUCAAACUUCCACAGGAUGUGAAACAGACAGACUGGUUUCAAGAAUGGCCAGACUCCUAUGUAAAACAUAUCUAUAGCUCCGAGGAUAAAAACGCUCAGCGGCACCAUAGUAGCUGGGCAAUGAGAAACACCAACAACCAUAAUUCUCGCAUCUUAAAAAAGUCCUGCCUUGGGGUGGUGGUCUGUGGCAAUGACUGCUCAACCCUGGAUGGGAGGAAGAUCUAUCUAAGACCAGCCAUAUGUGACAAAGCUCGGCAAAAACAACAGCGGAAAUGUUGUCCGAACUGCAGUGGACCCCUGAGGCUCAUUUCCUGCCGAGGCCAUGGCGGUUACCCAGUUACCAACUUUUGGAGGCAUGAAGGCCAAUUCAUAUUCUUUCAGUCCAAAGGGGCUCAUGAUCAUCCCCGACCAGAAACAAAACUAGAAGCAGAAGCAAGAAGAUCAAUCCAAAAAGCACAGACAGCUCUCUCUCACCCCUGUCCAAGAUUUAAAAGAAUUCGGGAGAUUGAGUGUCUAACAGGUGAAACGCAGACCCACGAGUCUUUGCCUAUGCUUCUUUCCAAGCCGGAAGCUUAUGUCCUCCCUGGCCAUUUCAGCCGACAUUUAGGCAGGAGCUCUCCGGAGCGCAUACUCAGCAGCAGUUCGGGGCAGUCGCCGUACCUGGGGGUGGACGCUGAGGGCACAGGUUUGAGCCAGCGCUGCGACAAGCUCAGCGGGCCGGGGGCCACAGCUGCGCCCCCAGCUUGUGGCCUUUCUGGUGGCUUUGGCGGGCUGCUGCGCUGGGACAAGAGCGGGGCGGGCGGGAGGUUGCCGGCUGCGCCCCAGGGCUGCCGUGGCCCUGCGCUUGCCCCAGCACAUCUGCCCGGCGAGCCCCUCUGCACCCGCGCCGGCAUCCAGCCUGCACCCAAGGGCAGCUAUGACCCCUUCAGGCCCAACACUAGCCCUGCCGGGCAUGCGUCCUACGAGGGAAAACCCCAUCCGGCCAGCGGCGGCAUCUGCCUCCCCUCCUCGCUCUACCACCUGGCGCAGCAGGAGUCCUACCCUGUCCCAGCCAGCCCCCACCACCACCACCAACACCACCACUGCUCGGCGCCACCGAAAGCAAACGGACGGGACUUGGAAGAUGAGCGGCGAGGUCUGAACCUGGACUACUGCAGCAGUGAGGUGUUUUUUAACCUGUACCCUUUACGGUGA